AUGACGACGCACCACCCGCGCAAAUUCCCCGUCGUCCUGAUCACGGGCACGCCAGGGUGCGGCAAGACGCUCCAUUCCCAAGUCCUGGCCGCGGACUCCGACGUGAAGAUGACGCACCUCAACAUCGGCGACAUUGUGAAGCAGCACGGGUUCCACAACGGGUUCGACGAGGAGUGGAAGAGCUACAUUGUCGAUGAGGACCGGCUGCUGGAUUAUCUCGAGGAGGUCGUGAACCCCGAGGACGGGGCGGCGGAGACUGCAGGCUUUAUCCUGGACCACCACGACCCAUCCCUGUUCCCGGAGCGCUGGGUUGACCUCGCCGUCGUGCUGACGUGCGACAACUCGGUCCUGUAUGAGCGGUUGAAGGCGAGGCGAGGACAUGGGCGGGUGGUGAACACUGCCAUUGAGGAGUGUCACUUCCAGCGGUCGGACGAAUGGGCACCGAGAUUGUCUACAUUGAAUGCGGCAGUGGCUUCCGACUACAGCUCUGCCUCAAUAGAGCCGGUUCCAUGCACCCAGACCUAUCGCCUUUCACAUUCUCAUGCUCCGCCGCUCUCCCCGUCCCAGCUUCACCUCGAUCGAGCCCAGCUGACAUCCAGGAACUACGCCGACAACAAGAUCGAGGAGAACAUCACGGCCGAAAUCAUGAUGACGUGUCUGACCGAGACGCGCGAGUCAUACGACGAGAACAUUGUCGUCGAGCUGAAAUCGGACGGAUCGGGAGGCGACAACGAGGUCGAGGACAAUGUGGGACGGAUUGAGGGGUGGAUUCAGCAGUGGACCAAGGAUCGGGAGGAGGGCGUGCACUAA